UUACUCGUAAAAAGCGAAGCAACGACGAUACUUGGCUCUAAAAUACAAAAUUUCUUGUCUUCAGUUUUUCAUAGUCGUUGCUAGCGUGAAUAACUGCAAUUUGAAAAUUUUGUAGAAGAAAACUAAACAAAAUUACAUAGAAAAUUAAAAAAAAAUAUAUAUACAAAAACAAAAGUGCGCUUAAAACGAAACUAUUAAAAGAAAAACAAAAAAUAUACAUAUAAUAGACUUAAGAGAGUGAAAUUACGGGUUUUUAUUUCUAUGGCAAGAAAAUUUUGAAAAAAAAUAUAAAAUUAGUUUGAUCAUUGUUGUUGCUUUAACGAGAAAAAAAAGCUGUGAAAAAUAAAUUAAAGAAAAUUUACACAUAAAAUAUCUAAUAAAUAAAUUUAAACGAAAAAAAAAAAUUAAGCAACAUUUAAGAUAAAUCAAAUCCAGGAAAAAUAUUGGAAAUAAAAAACAAAUUCAAUUAAGUAAAACCUUUGUAACUGUAUGAAAUUACUAUGAAUGGUCAAAAGCACAAACUUUGUACAAAAUUAUCCAGUACAUAUCUGAGAAAAUGGUGGUUCACAAUAGGAGUUUCCGUGUGUCUGCUGAUCUUGGGCAUACUGGUGGCCUGUCAAUUUUACGCUUUAAUUAAUGUGAUCAUAAAUUCUCAGGUGGCCUUAAAGCCGGGUGGACAAACAUAUGGCUGGUGGUCGAAACCACCAGUAGAACCAAAAAUUUCCGUUUAUGUAUAUAAUGUCACAAAUGCCAAUGAGUUUUUAAGUAAUGGCUCUAAGCCUAUUGUGGAUGAAGUGGGUCCCUAUGUGUAUACAGAAUCUUGGGAAAAAGUUAAUAUUGUACAAAAUGAUAAUGGCACCUUGAGUUAUAAUCUCAAGAAAAUUUAUAUCUUCCGUGAAGAAUUAUCUGCCGGUUCCGAUGAUGAUGUGGUUAUUGUACCUAAUAUACCCAUGUUGAGUGCCACUUCACAAAGUAAACAUGCUGCCAGAUUUUUACGUUUGGCCAUGGCUAGUAUUAUGGAUAUUUUGAAAAUUAAGCCUUUUGUACAAGUGUCGGUGGGUCAGCUAUUGUGGGGCUAUGAAGAUCCUCUUUUAAAAUUGGCCAAAGAUGUUGUACCCAAAGAACAGAAACUGCCCUAUGAAGAGUUUGGUUUGAUGUAUGGCAAAAAUGGCACAUCAACAGAUCGUGUUACUAUCUUUAGUGGCGUCGAUGACGUCACCAAAUUCGGUAUUAUUGACAAGUACAAUGGUCGUUCACAUCUACCUCAUUGGUUAUCGGAUGAAUGUAAUGUUUUAAAUGGCACUGACGGCUCCAUCUUCCCACCUCACAUCCAAGAAGAUCGCAUUCUACACAUUUACGACAAAGACUUGUGUCGUCUUUUACCGCUAGUCUAUGAGAAAACUGUUGAGACUAAGGCCGGUGUUAAGGGUUUCCGUUUUACACCACCCACCAAUGUGUUCGCUGAUGUUGAAUCAAAUCCCGAUAAUAUGUGUUUCUGUCCUGCCGGUCAGCCUUCCUGUGCACCAAAUGGUUUAUUCAAUGUUUCGUUGUGUCAAUAUGAUUCUCCUAUUAUGUUAAGUUUCCCCCAUUUCUAUUUGGCCGAUGAUAGUUUGCGUACCGCUGUUGAUGGCAUUUCACCACCAGAAAAGGAGAAACAUCAACUUUUUAUUGAUGUACAACCUGAUAUGGGUACCACCCUAAGAGCACGUGCUCGCGUACAAAUUAACUUGGCCGUCAGUCAAGUGUUCGAUAUUAAACAAGUGGCCAAUUUCCCCGAUAUCAUUUUCCCCAUAUUGUGGUUUGAAGAAGGUAUUGACAGUCUGCCCGAUGAAAUCACCGACCUAAUGAACUUUGCCGCUACAGUACCUCCCAAAAUACGUGUUAUUUUGAUAAUAGUAUUCUUUGCACUCGGCGCUUUACUCCUUCUAAUAUCGGUAUUUUGUUUAAUACGUAACUCUCACAGACAAAGUACUUUGCAUUUAGAGGGUUCCAAUUAUUUGGCCACCGCACAAAUCGAUAUGCAGAAAAAGAAGGCGAAGGAACAAAAACAAAAAUAUUAGAGAAAAAAAAACAUAUCAUCAUUACAUUUCCCAAACUUCCCUACAGCCUCCUCCUUCAUACGAUCACUCUCUUUUCUAUUGCUAUGUAAAAAUAAGUUAGGUCUACUAUAUACAUAUAUACUAUAUUUGUAUACAAUUUAUUAAAAAGAAAGCAAAGUACUUAUUAUUAUAACUGCUUCUGUAUAAAUUUAAAAAAAGUAAAACGAAAAAGAGUCAAAGUUUAUGCGAAUUAAUAUUUUAGGGUUAUGGCAAGUGAAAUACGCAAAACUCUAUUACAAAUAUUUUAAAAUUUUUAAAGUGGGUGGCAUAUGUUUUUUUAUAAAUAUAUUUAUAGUUUGUUAAGUUUUCUUUCAAACUUUACAGUUUGAUUCCCCCUACAUUUCCCCCUCCCCUAGAUCCCUUCAUGUGUUUUUCACACCCUGUACUUAUAAAAUAUCAUCAUGUUUAUUAUGUCAAUUAAAAGAAAAGAGGAGGAAACAAGAAUUGUAUAAUUCUGCUUUUCUUUAAACCAACAGUUCACUGUGAUCCGUAACGAGCACAAAAUAAAGACAUUUUUAAGAUCAAAAAAACUAUAAUUUUAUUAUUUUAAUUAACGAUUAAAACGACUUGGCGUCACAAAUUGUAUAAAAAAAAAACUCCAUACAUUCAUUUAUAAAUAUUUUAUUUUUUAUAUAAAAUUUCUUUAAACUGUUGUUUAUUAAUUAUUAUUAUAUAUUUUUUUAGUUAAUAAGUAGAACUAGUAAAUAGCAUAUUUUUUUGUUUGUUUUGGGCUUAAUAUUUUAUUUACAAAAGAAAAUAAAUUCUACAUUAUUUUUAUUUUAAUUUAAGGUUUAAGGUCAGAAGAGUCACAAUAUAUAUAUAAAAAAACAUAAAAUUUUUUAUACAAAAUAUUUAAAAUAAAAGUCGAAACAUCAUAAACAAAACUGAACAAAUAAACAUUUUUUUUAAACUUAA